AUGAGGGUAUACCGCAUGCGAGCUUCACUUGCGCCUCGCCUUGUGUCAGCGUCACUCGCGACUCGCUUUGCAACAGCGUCGAAGCAUGGGACAUCGCUCUCCGCAGCGUCGCGGCAUACGGUGAGCGACGAAGCAUGGAACAUCUGGGACGCACUCGGCAUGCCGCGACCAGAGCCCGGGAGCGUCAACGUGCUGGCACGCUCCGCCGACGACUCGCGGCCGGCGGCAGUCAAGGCGCGCGCGCCGUUGAGGCCGCUGGACUCGGGACCAGUGCUGGUGCUCUUCGAGAACGAUCGCGUCCGGGUCGCCGACUUUCGGCUGCCGCCGGGCGGCAGCUUUCACACGUCGCACGAAUAUGCGACGGUGCGAUGGCAGGUGGAGGAGGGCCAGCACGCGCUUAACGGCGCGAGCUGCGAGAGUGUGCGCGACAAACAGGUCUUCUUCCUCGAACCCGGCGAGUCGUGGGAAAUCCGCAACACCGGCGACACGGUCUACAGGCAGAUAACCUUUGAGCUGAAGCGGCCGCCAAGGCGCACGGAGGCGGAGGUUGCGGCGCUGCUGAGGAGCGCCAUCUACUCGACCGACGUCGGCACUGAACUGCUUCUCGAGAACAGAUGGUGCCGCGACGUCCACCACCACGUUCUCGACUACGUCUUCGUAUUUGCCUAUCCCGGCCGGCUGCUGCUCUCGAACCACGACGGAUCGCCCGGCCUCGCUGACUCGAUCAACGGCGAGAACGACGUGACGUGGAAUGAGAUCCCCGACGGCGCCGCCUCCAUACCGACCUUUGCGCACGGCGGCAGGAAUGGCUUGGACGACCGUCCGAUGCGUGAGUACCUCGUCGAGCUCAAGUGA